AUGUUUGACAAACUGGAAAGAUACAAAAUAGUGAUAGGAGAUAUCUGGGAAUGGUCUAAUAAUUAUGGGGCAUCCAAAAUAUUGAAGGUCAAGCUUGAUUCUGUCAUUCAUUUGGAGCAUGGGAUUAAAGAACUUAUUAAAGGAGUAGAGGAUUUGUCCUUGGAUGAAGUGAAUGGAAUCUCCAGUGUGCUUUACAAUUUGAAUGGAGAAGGAUUUCCUUUGUUAAAGCACCUUCACAUCCAAAAUAAUGGGGAAAUUCAACACAUCAUCAACUCAAUGGAGAGAAAAUUAAUUAGUCAUGUUUUCUUUCCAAAAUUGGAAACAUUAGUACUCCAAAAUCUCAAUAAAUUGGAGAAGAUAUGUCAUGGCUCGUUUAUGAAUAAUUCAUUUGCACAACUUAGAUCCAUCAAAGUCAAAUGUUGUGAUCAGUUGAAGUAUAUUUUCUCAGUGUUGAUGGUCAAAGCUCUUUGCCAACUUGUUGAGAUUGAAGUUUCAGAAUGCAGUUCUAUGAAAAAGAUUGUAUUUGGAGAAAACUCUUUUCCAAACUCUGAUGACAAUAUUGAGUUCUAUUCUUUGAGAUCCUUGAUCCUACGAUAUUUGCCAGGGAUUGAGGAUUUCUAUUCUGGUUUGCUGACGUCUUCAACAACCAAGCAGAGUUUGUCACUCCAAACUAACGUUCCAUCAUCUUUUUUCAGUGCGAAGGUGAAGUUUUCUAAUUUGGAGACUCUAAAGUUGAGUUCAAUCCAUGUAGAAAAUAUUUGGCAGGAUGAUCGCCUUUCUGUAGCCAAUUGUUUUCACAUGUUGGCUAAUCUGAGUGUGGAGGAGUGUAAUGCCUUGAAGUAUUUAUUCUCUUCUUCUAUGGUUGGAAGUUUUCCAAAUCUUAAGGACCUUCAAAUAAGAGAGUGUGAGAUGAUGGAGGAGAUAAUUGGUACAGAGGGGAGAAAUAGUGCUGCAAUUGAAGAGGUUGGGUUUCCAAAGUUGGAGACUGUCGUAAUAAGCAACAUGAAAAGGUUAAGGAAAGUAUGGUACUCCCAAUUUGAAGGGUUGAAGACUAUGGAGGUGAAUAAUUGUGAGAAACUUGAGCAUAUUUUCCCAUCUGAUAUGCACACAACAUUUGGAAGAAUGGAGACAUUGAAGAUCAGUGAUUGCGGUUCAGUGAAAGAGAUAUUCAAAUUACCGAACAAUGAAAUCAUUGGUGAAGAGGCCACACAAUUGAAGAAACUGCAUCUGCUUCGCUUGCCCAAGUUGAAACAAAUAUGGAAUAAGGACCCCCAAGGAAAUUUCCGCUUUCACAAUCUCCAAUAUGUCCAUGUUGAAGAAUGUGAAAACUUAGACUAUCUCUUCCCACUUUCAGUCGCCCUUGAUCUUCAUCAACUCGAAACACUCACAAUGGACUCUUGUGGAAUGAAUGAAAUUGUAGCGAAGAAAGAGGAAAUAGCCACAUUUCACUUUGAUCGGUUAAACUCCUUGGAGAUUUCGAACAUGCAUCGACUUGACAGGUUUUAUAGUGGAAGUCACAGUUUAACGUGCCCAUCAUUGAGAAUGCUAUGGGUCUUCAACUGUCCGAAAUUGAGGUUAUUAGGGAGACAGAGUACAAGAAACCAUAGCAAGAGUGGUGAUGACCGAAAUCCGCAUCCCUCUAUGGAAGAUCCUCUCUUCUUGAUUGAAGAGGUGAUUCCGAAGUUGGAAGUAUGGGAAGUAAAUAACAAGGAGGCCAUAAUGAUGUUGGAAGACCCACAAUGGAAGGACCGUUAUUUGAGUAAACUGAAGACUCUUCGAAUGUCCUAUUUUGACGACAAAACAGCAGUAACUUUUCUGGACUCAAUUGCGCAAAAGGCACCAAACUUGAAAGCUCUAGCUGUCGAACAUGGUUCCUUGAAAGAGAUAUUCCAACACAAAAGAGUUGCAUAUGAGGAAGGCAAAAAUGAAAUCAAGACCCAGCUUGAAGUUUUAACUCUGUAUAAUCUACAAUUGGAACACAUAUGUAGAGAAAGAUGCAAGAUCGACCCAAUUCUUGAGGUUCUUGAAGUUUUAUAUGUGACAGAAUGUGCCCAUUUGAAAACUUUGGUUCCUUCCUCCGUCACUUUUUCCCACCUGACAUAUUUGGUGAUUCAAAAGUGUAAUGGAUUGAUAAGCUUAAUUUACUCAUCAACUGCAGCAAGUUUGGUCAAUCUUCAAGGCAUAAAAUUAGAAGAAUGCAAUUCACUUGAAGAAAUAGUGACGCAUGGGAUGAACGAGGAAAGAGAUGAAAUUGUAUUCAGAAGUUUGAGAACUAUAGCAUUGGAAAGCUUGCCAAGGCUCAAUAGUUUCUCAUCUAGCAGUCAAUGCUCCUUCAGGUUCCCACUGUUGAAGAAAGUUGUUGUGAGGCAAUGUCCAAGGAUGAAAACCUUCUGUGAAAGAGCAACAAGCACGCCAAUGCUUAGAAAGGUAAGAACAAAAGAGGGGAAAGACGAAGAAUGGUACUGGGAAAGUGAUUUGAACAGGACAAUAAAAAUGGUCCAUGGGAAUAAGAUUGCAUUCCGUGAUAUGGAGCAUCUCGAUUUAUCCUUGUAUCCUGAGCUAAGAGACUCUUGGAGCAGUCCCAUUGAGAAUAAAAUAUUCUGUAAUUUGAAAUCUCUGGUGGUCGAACAUUGUGACUUUUUAUCAGAUGUUCUUGUUCCGUCGAAUUUGCUGCGAGCCUUGGGGAACUUGGAAGAAAUUCGCGUAAAAGACUGUGAUUCACUAGAAGUUGUGCUUGAAUUUGAUGUGGCAAAAGAAGGGGCAAUAUCAGAGAAAGCGGCGAGUCAUCUGCGAAAAAUCUGCCUAUCUAAUCUGCCUAAACUCCAAUACAUAUGGAAACCAAGUCUCGGAGGGAAAAGGGAAGAGGAUGAAGUUCAAGUCCAAUAUCAACAGCCUCUGUCUUUUCUUGCUAAGGUAGUUCUACCCACACUGGAAACAAUAAUAAUAGAAGACUUGCAAAACUUGGAAACAAUAUGGCACCCUGUCCUAACUCCGAAUUCCAUGGGUAGCUUGGAGACAUUGGAAGUGAAAAAGUGUCAAAAAAUUCAGCAUAUAUUUCCAAUUUACAUGAACGGAGUAUUUGCAACUCUACAGACGUUGAUGGUUGAAGACUGCAACUCAGUGCAGGAAAUUUUCCAGUUGGGUGCCAAGGAAAUGUGCAGUGGAGAUGAUACAACACGGCUCAAGAAUAUAACCCUGCUUCGAUUGCCAAAGCUGAAACAAAUUUGGGGCACAGAUCGUCAAUCAAGUCUUCACUUUGAGAGUCUGCAAGUUGUGCGUGUUGAAGACUGUGGAGAUUUAGAGUUCCUUUUUCCAUUCUCCAUAGCUAAGCACCUGCAUCAACUUGAAAAAAUUACAAUAAAGAGUGCUGAAAAGAUGAAGGAAAUUGUUUCCAAGAGAGAAGAACCCUUAGAUCAUCUUGUCAAAUUUGAGUUUAAUCAGCUAACCUCAAUGGUGCUUUGGAAUUUACAUGAUUUGCAGGAAUUUUGUGCUGGAAAUCAUAGUUUAUCUUGUUCAUCAUUAAAAGAAUUAGAGGUCUAUUAUUGUAAAAAAUUGAAGCUGUUCAAGACACAAGGUACAUGUAGCCAAGGAAGUCUUUCUCAUGGUAAUCUCUGUGUCUCAACGCAACAACCUCUUUUCACACUCGAAGAGGUGGCAUUCCGUAGUUUCGAGUGUCUGGAGCUCUCUCGAUAUCCUGAGUUAGGAGAUGUCUGGUACAGGGAUGUUAAGCAUGAAAUGUUUGGUAAUUUAAAAAGUCUAAUAGUACACAAAUGUGACUUUUUAUCAAAAGUCCUUUUGCCUCCAAAUUUGUUGAAAGCGCUGCCCAACUUGGAGGAGCUUGGAGUGAGUGAGUGUGAUUCACUGGAAGCUCUGAUUGAAUUACCAAAUAUGAAUGAAGGAAGAAAAUCAAUGGAAAAGGAGACCAUUCAUCUGAAAAGAAUAUCUCUCUCUCGCCUUCCUGAGCUGGAGCACAUCUGGAAACGAAACUCUCAAGAAGUUAUCUGUUUUGAAAAUUCUGAGGAGAUUUCGGUUGAUAAAAGUCUGGAGUUGCAUACGUCAAAAAUCCAAGGAUUCAGGGAAACAAGAGAAAAAGGUGACAGCUAUUAUCAGCAGCCCGCGUAUUCCAUUGGACAGGUACUUCUACCCAAACUGGAAACAAUAAUAAUAGACGACUUGCAAAACCUGGAAACAAUAUGGCACCCUGUCCUAACUCCGAAUUCCAUGGGUAGCUUGGAGACUUUGGAAGUGAAAAAGUGUCAGAAAAUUCAGCAUAUAUUUCCAAUUUACAUGAACGGAGUAUUGGCAACUCUACAGACGUUGAUGGUUGAAGACUGCAACUCAGUGCAGGAAAUUUUCCAGUUGGGUGCCAAGGAAAUGUGCAGUGGAGAUGAUACAACACGGCUCAAGAAUAUAACCCUGCUUCAAUUGCCAAAGCUGAAACAAAUUUGGGGCACAGAUCGUCAAUCAAGUCUUCACUUUGAGAGUCUGCAAGUUGUGCGUGUUGAAGCCUGUGGAGAUUUAGAGUUCCUUUUUCCAUUCUCCAUAGCUAAGCACCUGCAUCAACUUGAAGAAAUUACAAUAAAGAGUGCUGAAAAGAUGAAGGAAAUUGUUUCCAAGAGAGAAGAACCCUUAGAUCAUCUUGUCAAAUUUGAGUUUAAUCAGCUAACCUCAAUGGUGCUUUGGAAUUUACAUGAUUUGCAGGAAUUUUGUGCUGGGAAUCAUAGUUUAUCUUGUUCAUCAUUAAAAGAAUUAGAUGUCUAUAAUUGUAAAAAAUUGAAGCUGUUCAAGACACAAGGUACACGUAGCCAAGGAAGUCUUUCUCAUGGUAAUCUCUGUGUCUCAACGCAACAACCUCUUUUCACACUCGAAGAGGUGAUGAGCAACCUGGAGCAGUUGGCCCUAUCCAGUGAGCAUUUGACCAUCAUAUUACAGGGUCACUUUUCUGGGGAAAACUUCAGGAAACUCAAAAUUCUUAUACUGCAAGAGAUUACAGAUGAUCAAAUGACUUUCCCAUAUUGGUUUCUUCAAAACAUGAGCAGCCUUGAGCAACUCACUGUGGGAUGGAGUUCUUUCAAGGAGAUAUUUUCAGAAGAAGUACCUAUCAAUCCCGAAGGAAAAAUUGAGAACACAACACGAAUAAAAAAUUUGGAACUCAUAGACUUGCAUGAACUCCAGAAUAUAUGUAAACAAGGAUGCCAAAUAGACCCUCUAGUUGAAGUUCUUGAGCACUUGGUUGUCGAUCAUUGUUCCAAAUUAAACCACUUGGUGCCUUCUUACGUAACCUUUUAUCACUUGACAUAUUUAGAGGUACAAAAUUGCAACGGAUUGAUUUAUUUAAUUACCUCUUCGACAGCAAGAAGUCUAGUCAAGCUAGCAACAUUGAAGAUAAGGGAGUGUAUAUCAGUUGAGGAAAUUGUGGCAGAAAAAGGAGGGGAUAACAUAAAUGAGAUCGCCUUCAACAGCCUGGAAGUUCUGGAACUCGAAGGUUUGUCAAAACUCCAGAUAUUUUGCUCUGGUAACUGCUUAUUGAAGCUCCCAUUGUUGGAGCAACUUGUAAUAAGGCAGUGUCCAAGAAUGACUAGCUUUUCUGCAAGAGAGACAAGUGCACCAAUGCUUCAAAAGAUACUGACAGAUAAACAAGAUGGAAUGUGGUGUUGGGAAGGUGAUCUUACAAAAACAGUCAGCAAGAUGUUCCAAGAUAUGGUUGCAUUUUAUAGUUUCGAGCACCUGAAACUAUCCCAAUAUGUGAAGUAA